AGCUGACAAUAUCGACAAAUCUGUCCUCGAUCAAGCCAUCGAAGUACUCAAAAACUUCAAGGCCGAAUACAAAGCGAUUACUGGAAAGGAGUGGAUAACAGCGGUGCAGAGAGCAGCAGAACACCAGCGCGAGAGGGAGCGCGCACUGCUGGCGCCCGCCGUCGACCCGAGGGUGACAGAGCUGGACGCACAGAUCAUCGCGCAGGGUGACAAAGUGCGCAAACUCAAGGGUGACAUAGCCGAAAAGUCUAUCAUUGAUGUUGAGGUCAAGAACCUACUCAACUUAAAAGAACAAUACAAGGCGCUCACUGGUAAUAGUUGGACACCAAAGACGUCAAAAAUGGUAGGUAACGACCCCAAAGCUGUGGCUCUCCACGUCGAGAUCACCAAGCAGGGCGAUUUCGUGAGGGCGUUGAAGGCGAAAAAAGCUGAAAAGACGACAGUGGACUUCGAAGUAAAGAAGCUUCUAGACCUGAAACGCCAGUAUGAGAAGCUGGCCGGCACGCCGUACGUCGCGCCCGCUUCCAAAGAAUCCAAAUCCAAGGAGAAGGCAGACAAACCGAAGGAGGCCAAGAAGGAAGCUAAACCGAAGGAAAAGUCACCAAAGCCAGCCAAAGAGGAAUCGUCUAGUGGUGUUAAGAAAAUAACAAGGCUGGGUCUUGAAGCCAACAAAGAUACAGAUUUGCCAGAGUGGUACUCUCAAGUCAUCACCAAAGGUAAAUUAGUUUUAUACUACUACACCUAG